AUGCGAUUGCUUGGUUUGAGCUGUUUGACGGAUCUCCUACAGUGUUUAGUGGAUUGGUUCGAUGUGUGUGAAACAACUAAGAAUAACUUGUUGCGAGAACGUGCAGGUAAUGAGUUUGAUAUUGAGAGCAGCAGAAAUCGGCUCAUUUCCGAAAUGUGUGGGGCUGAAGAAGCCCUCCAUCAUGUCUGGGAUCCGGCCCAUCAUCUUUGGCCAUGUGCCGUGAUCCUAUGGUCGAUUUUGAAAUUUUGUAUUGCAGAAGCAGAAAGCGAAGAUACCGAUGAGCCGUCAUCGUCUCCUACUGUGCACAGAUUUGUUCACCUCAAGCAGAAGAAAGAGUUGAUGGAACACGGAAUCAUGCUAUUUUCCCGCAAACCAAAGCAGGGACUUGCAUUCUUACAAGAACAUGGUUUCGUUGGCACUGAGCCAAAUGAGAUUGCGGAUUUUUUGAUGAAAGAAGAUCGCCUGGACAAAACUGUAGUUGGAGACUUUUUAGGAGAUCCAGAUGAGUUUAACAAGCAAGUCAUGUAUGCAUAUGUCGAUGAUAUGGACUUUUCUUCCCGGGAUUUUGUUUCUUCUCUUCGUUUAUUCCUUGAGAAAUUCCGACUACCUGGCGAAGCCCAGAAAAUUGAUCGACUUAUGGAAAAAUUCGCUUCUCGGUACUGUGAGUGUAAUCCGAGAGAACGUGCAAUGCGAUUGCUCGGUUUGAGCUGUUUGACGGAUCUUCUACAGUGUUUAGUGGAUUGGUUCGAUGUGUGUGAAACAACUAAGAAUAACUUGUUGCGAGAACGUGCAGAAGCAGAAAGCGAAGAUACCGAUGAGCCGUCAUCGUCUCCUACUGUGCACAGAUUUGUUCACCUCAAGCAGAAGAAAGAGUUGAUGGAACACGGAAUCAUGCUAUUUUCCCGCAAACCAAAGCAGGGACUUGCAUUCUUACAAGAACAUGGUUUCGUUGGCACUGAGCCAAAUGAGAUUGCGGAUUUUUUGAUGAAAGAAGAUCGCCUGGACAAAACUGUAGUUGGAGACUUUUUAGGAGAUCCAGAUGAGUUUAACAAGCAAGUCAUGUAUGCAUAUGUCGAUGAUAUGGACUUUUCUUCCCGGGAUUUUGUUUCUUCUCUUCGUUUAUUCCUUGAGAAAUUCCGACUACCUGGCGAAGCCCAGAAAAUUGAUCGACUUAUGGAAAAAUUCGCUUCUCGGUACUGUGAGUGUAAUCCGAGGUAUUCCAAGAUCAUGACUAGAUGCUCAGCUGGUGUGUGGGUCUUGGGCUGUUUGCAUCUGCCGAUACAGCAUACGUCCUUGCAUAUUCGAUAUAAUGCUUUAAGCGUCACUACGCUACCGACCUACACAGUGAAAAGCAAAAUGACGAAGGAGCAAUACGUGAACAUGAAUCGCGGAAUCAAUAAUGGGGCAGACUUACCGCCUGACGUAUUAUGUGCGAUAUAUGACGACAUUGCGACGAACGAAAUUAAAAUGAAAGCUGGUGCUAGCAAACUUCUCAAAACAAGGAAAGCCGGUGCUGGAGAUAACGAUAAGCAGCGUCGAGCUAUGGCUACCUUGGAGCUGGCAGCCAUGUCUGAAACAGCUAGGGCCCUAAUGGAAAGUGCAAGUAAUGCAGCUGCUGAUUUCACGUCGGCACAGCAUCAGCACCAUGUGCGCCCCAUGUUCAAAAUUUGCUGGACUCCAUGCUUAGCGGCCUUCAGUGUCGGUUUACAAAUGUCUGAUGACGUAGAAGAAUGGUAUCUUUGUAUACGUGGUUUCCGCUUAGGAGUGCGUGCUGCAUGCGUACUCCGAGCGAAACUAGAACGAAAUGCUUUCAUUCAGGCGCUAGCAAGGUUUACGCUUCUUACUGCUAAGAAUGCCCUUGGAGAAAUGAAAGAGAAGAACAUUGAAGCUAUUAAGCUGCUUUUAGCCAUUGGUGACGAAGAUGGCGAUUAUCUUGAAGAAAACUGGAUGGAUGUAAUCAGAUGUAUCAGCCAGCUUGAGCUUGCACAACUUAUUGGAACAGGCUUGGGUGCUAGUGCUAAGGAGGACAAGGAGAGCAGUCGCCAGUAUGUGAUGAAGAGCACAGGUGCUAUUGACGAGCGUACCUUGGCUACACUUCAAGACGCUCUCGGCGAGACCAGCUCCCAAGCUGUUGUAGUAGCUGUGGAUAGAAUUUUCCAAGGCUCUUGUCGAUUAUCUGCUGAUGCCAUAGUUUCAUUUGUUCGUGCACUCUGUGCGGUCUCCAAGGAAGAAUUGAACCAACCAGCAGCUCCACGCAUGUUCCUCCUCGGAAAACUCGUUGAAGUGGCUUUUUACAAUAUGGGUCGUAUACGUUUGGAAUGGCGACGGAUUUGGGAAGUUGUUGGUGAACACUUCAAUAUGGCAGGUUGCAACGCCAGUGAAAUUGUUGCCCACUAUUCCGUCGAUGCAUUGAGACAAUUAGCAAUCAAGUUUCUUGAGAGGGGAGAAUUGCCAAAUUUCCGUUUCCAGAAAGACUUCCUCAGGCCGUUUGAGGUUAUUAUGGCGAAAAAUCGUUCAGCACAGACACGAGAACUGGUAGUCGCGUGUUGCUCAAAUCUUGUUGAAGCCCAUGCUCCUCGGAUAAAAUCCGGCUGGCAGAACUUAUUUUCUGUCUGGACCCUGGCAGCUGGUUCGUUCAGUUUUGAUGCAUGUCCAGAAGAAAUAGUUGAAGCAGCAUUUUUGGCGAGCUCAAGAGUAGUUAUGUACCAAUUCAAGGAUGACUUUGCCUCAGUUCUCGAUGCGUUCCAAGAAGCGUUGAAAUGUUUGGCGGAAUUCGCGUGCAAUACAAACCAUCCCGACAUGAAUAUGGAGGCGAUACGCCUGAUUCGAUCUUGUGCUGAAUACGUCUCCAUUAAUCAAGAGCGAAUCAUUGACGCACCUUGGGAAGAAUCGUGGAGCGUGUCUGGUGACCAACGUAUAUGGCUUCGUGGCUGGUUUCCGAUUUUCUUUGAAUUGAGUUGUAUCAUAAACCGAUGCAAAUUGGACGUGCGUACGAGAAGCCUGACCGUGAUGUUUGAAAUAAUAAAAAGCCAUGGCAGUGAGUUCCGGCCGGAGUGGUGGCGUGACCUGUUCAAUAUCGUAUUUCGUAUAUUCGAUCAUGCAAAACUGGAUGAGAAUCGAGGAGACAAGAAGGAGUGGAUGAUGACGACCUGCAAUCAUGCUAUGUACGCCAUUGUUGACGUGUUCACGCAGUACUUUCCGCAGCUUUCCGAGCUGGUAUUACCUUCGAUUUACGAGCAGUUCGCUGUCUGUAUCCAACAAAAGAACGAACAAUUGGCGCGGUCAACGGUUAAUUGUCUUGAGACUUUAAUACUGCUCAAUGGUGCGCGCUUCACGAAUGAGAUGUGGGAACGCACCGUUCAACUUCUGCGCCGUCUCUUUGCAGCCACACUUCCAAAAUCCUUGCUGACUUGGCAACCAGAUAAACAGCCCGGUUCUCAUGGAGUACAUGGAACACCUGGAGAUGAUUUCGAUGACCGAGUGCCGAGUAUCGAUGGCAGGCCAAAUGGCUCUAUCCACCCUGAUGCCGCGUUUUCGGAACAAAUAGUCUUCUGUGUUGUUCAGUCAGAACUCGUAGAUGCUGUGACUUCCACGGUGUUGGGUACAAAGAAGAGUACAGAGGAAGUUCUGCUCAGUGUUCCAUCAAUAAAGAAUGACAAGCUACCCGAUGUUCCAAAUUACGAUGAUACCAUUAAUAAUGGGUUGUUUAGCACAAUGGAUCCGAUAUUGCUGUUGAGUCUGUGCGAUGCCUUGGGCGAAAGUCAACGGUUAGCGAAGCAAUUCAACGACAACAACGGUCAGCGGACGUUGCUGUGGAAAGCAGGUCUACGUGGCUCCAGUAAGCCAAAUCUGAUCAGUCUGUGCGAUGCCUUGGGCGAAAGUCAACGGUUAGCGAAGCAAUUCAACGACAACAACGGUCAGCGGACGUUGCUGUGGAAAGCAGGUCUACGUGGCUCCAGUAAGCCAAAUCUGAUCAGGCAAGAGACCCACGCUUUGAGAGCAAUGCUAGCUAUUUUACUACGACUUCUGAAUGACCCUCGAUCAGCUCCCGUGCAGGAACAAGUCGCUAAAGGCGUUCUUUCAGUUGUGUCGGCAGUGUUACGCGGAUAUGGGGAAGCGGUCUCGGAUGCUCGUCGUACAGCCUACGCUCCAGUCGUCUGUGAAUUACUCCGAGAAUGUCUUCGUUUGCCUAAACAUUUACUUCCGGCUUUGGGUGCUGAGUUUCCCCUUCGUCUUUGUGAACUAGUGGAAACUGCCGAUGGCCAGCCGUUGCGCUCCCUCUUAGCCACUUUGCUCCGUCAGUUUCUGGUAACGAAGAACUCACUGGGUGUUGAAGAUAAGGUGAAUGCGAUCAAUGGUGUCUCAGAUUCGGCAACUGAUUUUUUCAAUGGUUAUCAAUUCUCAUUAAAAUUUCUGGUUCAGGCAAUACUUGGAUUUCACAUAGUUGUUUCUUUGGUGGCUCUCACCAUAAUGAGUAAAUUAGGAUCGCGUCUGUCAAUUGUGCAGCUCUAUAUUGUUAAAGGAUUGUUUCGUUUUAUUGCACCAUCAAAUGAUGAAAUUCGUGCGCUUAUGCCUCCGUCUAAAGAAAAUCCAAGGACCCGUAGGAAAAAACGGGAAGAAGAAAACAGCGAUGGGUUUAACGUGCCGAAAUCGCUUCCUCUUCGGUUAAAAGUGGGAAGAGUGGUUGAAGAGGAGCUGCGAAGUCUACCUUUGUACUCAUCUGUUCACUGGCUGUCCCUAUUCGUGCCACUCUGCAUCAUUGUUUACGCCUUCAGCGAAGUCUUCGUUUAUCUCUUUCCUUCCAAUAAUGAUACCAAUACUUCAGUGCUGUGGCUUAUCAUUGCCGUUGCUUUCGUUCUACAGGUAUGUCACAAACAUAUAAAUAUUAAUCUAGUGCUUGCGCGUCUUACAUCAUGGCUGGUUGUAAACGAGGAUGAGCGAAGCGUACUCCUAGUCUUUGCCGCGAUUUUCUUCCUUCUUUCCGUUAUCUUCGCCACCCAGGCUGACUACUUUUUCGACAUUCAUCUUCUCACUGGUUGGUUGGGUCUACACGUCACUUUUCUGUUGCCAUUGCUCACUUUGUUAUCUUUUACUAGCCCAGUGAAGAAACAGCUAGUGUAUGGACCUAGGAAAUUAUUAACGGAGGGACAGCUCGAAAUAUUACGUAUUUAUCUGGUUCUCGCAACUCUUUUCUGUCGUGCAGCUUUUCGUACUCUUCACCUACAGCUGCGUCUAUGGAAAUGUGUUGAUGUUUUACCGAAGUCAGGCUUUUGUAGUGCCACAAUUUCGGCAUUCGAUAUUUUUAAAACAAAAAAUUUCCAGGCCCACCUGAAUCUCUCAGCUGCCAAAUUGAACGCCUUACAACGGGAGACUGGCUACAUCAGGAAUGUCGCUCUUCAAGCAACCAUUUUCCGCUAUUAUUCUUACUUCUGUGCUGUUAUUCUCCAAUAUUUCUCACCGGUACUCCUUUCAUUUUUCUACGCUCUCUUACUGAAAACAACAAGCAAUUUAUCGUGGCUUGGUGUUUCAUCAGAAGAUUCCACGCCACCAGUUCCGAGUGGAGCUUUUCGAUCAAUUUUUGAUCCGACAGUAUGUCGAGCAGUGUGGUCCUUCUCGUUAGUGUUUGUCACGUUCACUAACGUGGUCCUUUCAUCGAUUGGAGUCAUGUACAAUUCUUAUUUUCUUCCUUUAUGA